CUUUUGAGCUACAAGUAAAGAAAGCCUUGUGAGACAUUGCGAGAUAAAUAUAAACCAACAUGGCGGACUCUAAGACCAGUGAAGUUAAGAAAGUUGAUAAUGCCGAUACAAAAGAUGCCGAUAAAAAGAAAGGAGAUGCUAAAACCGAACAAGAUCUGUCAGAAGAAGACAGGCUACUUCAAGAUGAGUUGAAUAUGCUGGUAGAACGAUUGACAGAGCCAAAUCAGAGGCUUUAUCCUGCUGCUCUGGAAAGUCUCAGAACACUUAUAAGGGCAUCUACCACUUCUAUGACCUCAGUGCCUAAACCACUGAAAUUUUUGAGACAGCAUUAUGAAACUUUUAAAACCAUCUAUGAAAAAAUUGCGGACAAAGAAACACAGAAAUUUUGUGCUGACAUCAUCUCUGUGCUGGGCAUGACUAUGAGUGAUUCUAGAGACAGUCUGAAAUAUCGACUAUUGGGAUCACGGGAAGAGAUAGGUUCUUGGGGACAUGAGUAUGUAAGGCAUUUAGCAGGACAAGUUGCUCAGGAGUGGCAAGAUACCACAGAGACUGAUGUUGAUAUGAGGAACAAACUCAUCAGCCUGGCCAAACAGAUUGUGCCCUACCACAUGAACCACAAUGCUGAAGCAGAGGCCUGCGACCUUCUCAUGGAGAUAGAGCGUCUGGACUUGCUGAAGGACUAUGUGGAUGAGUCAGCUUACUCCAGAGCAUGUCUAUAUUUAACAAGCUGUGUUCCCUAUGUCCCUGACCCUGAAAACACUGUGCUGUUAAAAUGUGCUGUGGAACUGUACAGAAAGUUCAACCAGUACCCACAGGCUCUGAGAUUUGCUAUGGCUUUGAAUGAUAUGAGCUUGAUAGAGGAGAUUUUCACUGAAUGUCCAGAUAGCCUAAUGAAGAAGCAGCUAGCAUACAUGCUAGGACGUCAGCAGAUCUCACUAGAACUUUCUGAAGCUCUGGAUGAUAAGGACGACUUAAGGGAAAUUAUUGCCAAUGGACAAUUAAAUCAACAUUUCCUCACUCUAGCCAGAGAGUUGGAUAUAAUGGAUCCUAAAGUGCCAGAGGAUAUUUACAAGACACACCUUGAACCAAAUAGAAACACAAUCGGUCCUAGUAACUUGGACUCUGCUCGUCAAAACCUGGCAGCCUCUUUUGUAAAUGGGCUAGUGAAUGCUGCCUUCGGCACAGACAAACUAAUCACCCCAGAAGAUGGUCAUAAGUGGUUGUAUAAAAAUAAGGAGCAUGGCAUGCUGAGUGCGACCGCAUCCCUGGGGCUAAUUCUACUCUGGGACAUUGACGGAGGUCUCACUCAGAUUGACAAGUUCCUGUAUUCUUCAGAAGAAUAUAUUAAGGCUGGAGCACUGUUGGCAUGUGGUAUAGUCAAUUCUGGAGUGCGCAAUGAGUGUGAUCCAGCCUUGGCUUUGUUGAGUGAUCAUGUUAUGCACACAAACGCUUUCAUGAGGAUUGGAGCCAUCCUUGGCCUAGGUCUAGCUUAUGCUGGUUCUAAUCGUGUGGAUGUUUUGAAUCUAAUUUUGCCCGUCCUUGGUGACUCCAAAGCAAAUAUGGAGGUUGUUGGCAAUGCUGCCUUAGCCUGUGGUAUGAUAGCUGUGGGUACAAUGAAUGGAGAAGUGACCUCAACCAUCCUACAAACAAUGAUGGAGAGAUCUGAUGCUGAGCUGAAAGAAACAUUUGGUCGCUACUUAGCAUUAGGUCUAGCCUUAGCCUUCCUAGGUAAACAAGAUGCAUGUGAUGCUACAUUAGUUGCAUUAGAAGUUAUCUCCGAGCCCCUCAGGUCUAUGGCCACCAUGUUGGUUGAUGUCGCUGCCUAUGCUGGCACUGGAAAUGUUCUUAAGAUUCAGCGCCUGCUACACGUGUGCUCUGAGCAUGAUGAGUCCAAAGAUGCUGAUAAUAAUGAGAAGAAGGAAGACAAGAACAAAAAGAAAGACAAGGAUGAUAAGAAAAAAGAUGAAGAGAAACCAGUCGGACCUGAUCUUUCAGUUCAGCAAGGUGUUGCUGUGUUGGGUAUUGGACUUAUUGCCAUGGGUGAGGAGGUAGGCUGUGAAAUGUCAUUUAGAGCUUUUGGUCACUUGUUGCGCUAUGGUGAGCUUCCAAUCAGGAGGGCCGUGCCGCUAGCCCUGGCUUUGAUCUCCGUCUCCAAUCCCAAGCUCAACAUUCUAGACACACUCAGCAAGUUCUCUCAUGACAGUGACCCAGAGGUGGCUCAUAAUGCAAUCCUUUCCAUGGGAAUUGUGGGUGCAGGUACCAACAAUGCACGCCUGGCUGCCAUGCUCAGACAGCUGGCAGUCUACCAUGCCAAAGACCCUAACAACCUUUUCAUGGUGCGCCUAGCUCAGGGCCUGACCCAUUUGGGGAAGGGCACACUAACACUGAGCCCAUACCACAGUGAUCGCAUGUUGAUGUCUGGUGUUGCAGUGGCAGGCCUUCUUUCUGUACUGGUCUCAUGUUUAGAUGUUAAAAAUAUUAUACUUGGAAAAUCUCAUUAUAUGCUGUAUACAUUGGUGUCUGCCAUGCAGCCUCGUAUGUUAGUUACCUUUGAUGAGAACCUGAAACCAUUACCAACAACGGUCAGGGUAGGACAGGCUGUAGAUGUCGUUGGUCAGGCUGGUAAACCAAAAACAAUCACAGGAUUUCAGACUCACACAACACCUGUCUUGUUAGCAUAUGGUGAGAGAGCAGAGUUGGCGACAGAAGAGUAUAUUCCCUUAACAAAUGUCAUGGAAGGUUUCGUUAUCUUAAGAAAGAAUCCAAAUUUCAGUGCAGAGUCUUAAUUAUUAUUAUUUUUUUUUUAAGUAUUGAAGUUAUGCCAGCAGUUGUUUUUUUUUAAUCAUGUUUCUUUUAUAAAUAAAUUAUUUGGUCAAGUGGCACAAGGACAACCAAUGUCCAUCCUUCUUAAUGGAUUUAUAAAAACUGUAUUUGACACUGAGUCACUGGUCAAACUUGUAAGAACUGCCAUUGUUAGGCUGAUGCAUUGCUACUGAUACUGGAAUGUCCAAUAGAGUUUAGGUUUCACAUUAGAAGCACAUUAUUUACUUCACAUAUUUACUGAAAUUAAAAAGUUAUUUGCAUUGAUCUGUUUCCCAUAAUGUGGAUAGGGGACACCUUUUAAUAACCAGUAUCAGUUGGAACAUCCUCUUUUAAACAAAACAAAAAGACUAGGCUUCUUCCAAUGCAGAUCAACAAUGCAUUUUCAACUUGACAGAGUAUGAUUGUUGUAUUAUCAUGAAUAAAUUUUCUAUGUUACAAAU